AUGGGCUUCCAAGACAAGCGAGUUGUUGUCGUCGGCGGUGGCCUCGGCGGCAUGGCUUUCAUGAAUGCCGCCCAGUACGCCGGCGUGAAGAAUAUCCAAUGCUACGAACAAGCCCACCAAUUCGGAGAAGUUGGCGCCGGAGUCGAUAUCUCCGCUAAUGCAAACCGUAUCCUCGAUGCAUUUGGCCUGAAAGAGUCUCUCUUGAGUCGCUCUUCGCCCCAACUGCCCUACUACAUGCAAUACCACAAUUACAAGUCGGGCGAGUACCUCGGCCAUAUCGAAGAAUUUUCCGAGCCACACGCUCGUCUUAUUCACCGAGCCCAUCUCCUUGACUCACUCAAAGAGCCUGUGCCAGAAGAGCUUCUUCACCUGCAGAAGCGUCUCGCACGCCUCGACCGCAACACCAGCCCCGGCGCCGCGCCUUACACGCUUCACUUUGAGGACGGCACCACCACCGACGCUGAUAUUGUGAUCGGCUGCGAUGGCAUCAAGUCCCGCGUCCGUCGGGAACUCGGCUUCGGAGACUCGCCAAACUAUUCCGGCCAGGUCGUUUACCGUGGUUUCGUUGACUACAACGACCUACCCGAAGACACCGCUAAGCUGCUACGCAGCGUUGUCAACUUUCGUGGCCCGAAGCGCCACAUCCUCUGUCUUCCUAUCGGUAACCCGGCUACGAAGACAGACCGGGUCGGUGUCAUCGGCUUCAUGUCCGAGCCCAUUGAAUCCUGGGACUCUGAGAACUGGAUGGCUCGUUCGGAUAUCAGUUCUCUUCACGAACAUGUUAAGGACUGGUGUCCACAAGUCCAGGAUAUUAUUGAGGGCCUUCAAGCUGGAUCGCCAGAUGGUCGUAUGCUGAAGCAGGCACUGUACGUGCGCGAGCCGAUUGAUAAGUGGUACGAGAUGAAAGAUGGCCAGAAAGACGCGGGUAUUGUUCUUCUUGGCGAUGCUGUUCACUCGACCCUUCCUCACCAGGGGCAGGGUGUCUGUAUGGCGAUUGAGUCCGGUAUUGCAUUGGCUACUAUUCUUACCCACUGGAAGAAUGAUGACUUGCAUGCUGCAUUCCAAUUUUAUCAGGACCUGCGAAAGCCUCGCACGGAUCGGGUCACAAAGACCAGCUUUGAGGCUGGGAAACUUGCUAGCUCGGAUGAUCCCGAUCAUUUGAACGAGACGUUCAACCCUGAGGCUUUGAUGGAGCGUAUGAAAUGGAUUAUGGAGUAUAACGUGCUUGAUGAUUUGAAGGCUAAGGGUGCCGAGUAUAUGGACUUUAGUGAGUCGCAGUUCUGA